CAACUUCCAACAGAAGAUUAAAAAAAAAAAAAAAAAAGUCGUGAUUGUGCCUCCCUUUCUCUUUCCCUAUUCUCGUUGUUGAGAGAAGAGAGAGAAAAUUAAAAUUAACAGUAUUCACUAUGUCUGGCGGCAUUGCUCGUGGUCGUCUCGCUGAAGAACGAAAACAAUGGCGGAAGAAUCACCCCCAUGGUUUUGUGGCGAAGCCAGACACUCAACCUGAUGGUUCCAUGAAUUUGUUAAUUUGGCAAUGCAUCAUUCCUGGAAAAGCUGGGACUGAUUGGGAGGGUGGCUACUAUCCGUUGACUAUGUAUUUUUCUGAAGAGUACCCCAGCAAACCACCUAAGUGCAAGUUUCCUCCUGGUUUCUUCCACCCUAAUGUUUACCCAUCUGGGACAGUUUGCCUAUCGAUUCUGAAUGAAGAUUGCGACUGGAGACCUGCAAUUACAGUGAAGCAGAUUCUGGUUGGCAUUCAAGACUUGUUGGACCAGCCUAAUGCUGCAGAUCCUGCACAGACUGAAGGUUAUCACCUUUUCAUCCAGGACACAGCAGAGUACAAAAGAAGGGUUCGCCAGCAGGCUAAACAGUACCCAGCUACCAUUUGACAAUGGACUUCAUACUGGUAGAGGAUAGUUGGUAGUCGUAUUGUAACUCGUAAGGAGUGGUAAUUGCAAUUCAAGAGCUGUCCUUUUCUAAGCAUUAUGUAUAAGUUAUGACUUAUGUUCAUAUGUAGUGAUCCUGGUAGUCCUUAUUUAUGAACGUCGUUUGGAAUAUUUUGUUUCCUUUUGGUCAAACUCUUAACACCUUUUACUACGGUGAAUGCUGAUGGUCUUUGUGUGGUUGCCGAUUGGAUUCGGGGAUAUCAUGAUAUUCUGCGUUUAAAUGUGAUUAAACAUGUUGGAUCUGCUCUCAUUUUAAAAGUGAAAGAUAUUCACUCUUUAUAA